AUGGGCGCAAGCACGACCGUGCGCGUCCUGGUGAUCAUCGCGAUCAUCGUCGCACUCAUCGUCGCAUUGAUCUACCUCGUCGGGCGGGCGAAGGUUCGGAGCAACGAUCGACUGAAACAGCUGUUCAACAGCGAGACGUUGGACACGCUGCGCAUCGGUGUCGGCGUUACAGCCGAAGAGAUCAUUUCAGCGCAGCGGUGUCGCGCGCGUCGUCGCUUGGACGACGCGCGCAACACCGGCGACUCCGCGGACGCUGACGCCGAUCCGCAUGUGCACACCGAUGGACUGUAUGAGUUCAUACCGCACGAGAGUCUGAACGUCUCACUGAGCGAUCUGCCGGGCUACGAGGAGCAGCACGCACUGUUGCUGAACGCCUAUUUCGUGAUCAACGACGAGCCGGAGAGCGUCCUGUUGGCGGACGAGAUGAUGGAGCGACGACCGAGCACGCGGGCCGGUGCGAACGUGAUUCUGUACAGACCAUCGGGCACCGGUAAAACUGCGGCCGCUCGAGCAGUGGCCCGGUCGCUCGGUUCGAAUCUGGCGUUCGUCAACGCGGAGAACCUGCUGUCGACCUACCGCUUGGAGACCAAGAAGAAACUGCGCUCGCUGUACCGGAAGAUGCGCGCUCUCGUUCGCACCACCGGUCGCAACGUGUUGCUGCUGCUGGACGAGGUGGACGGACUGGUGAAGAAUCGUAGCGGUGCCGUGACCAGCGGCGAGUACAGUCUGCUCACGAGAUUUCUCACGAUUCUCGAACCGAACGACGGGACGGACAACUACGGCGUGUUCAGCAUCUUCACGACCAACCGUCUGAGUAAUCUGGACGACGCGUUUCGUCGUCGGUGCGCCGCCGUGUUCAUGGGUUACGUGGGUUACGUGGGUACGCGGGAGGCCACGGUACGAUUGUUCAACGCUUUUCUGCACCGACCGAUCGACUACGCGACGCGAGGCACUAGAUUCGCCAGUCGGGACUAG